GAGAGAGAGAGAGAGAGAGGGGGUAAAUGGUGAUCCUUCCCAGAGCUCCCUCUGCGCACUCUGGAGCGCUCUCCUCUCAGGGUCACACCGGAUUGCAUCCCCUCUUUUUUUUUUCUAGAAGCCUAUCCUUCCUUCUCCCUAAGAGUCAGACCCCCACCCACCUCCACCUCUACACACAAACACACCCCUCCAACCUGAAACCCGUCGCUUCGGUGUUUGCGCUCUCACGCGGAGUCGAGGUUUUUAAAGUCACUCCUGAUGGAAAGCAGAGAGGAGAUGGUGAUGCUGGCAGAAGCAGGUCAGCUGAGCAAGAGCGGCUCUAAUUUACCGGAAGCCAUUGGGAGCCCCGAGUUGCGAGAACAGCCAGGGAAGCCGGGCCACAGGAGCUGUCUGAGCCCCGGUGCUGCGCCCUACUCCCGGGACAGGACGGAGGUGAUGGUGGAGGAGAGCCCACGGAGGAAUCUGUGCGCAGACAUGCGACCGGUUGGCACCUCUUCAUCCGGAGGAAGAAACCGGACAGAUCAUCUCCACAAAGAAGGCAGCAGCUCAGACACCGAGUCGGACUUCUACGAAGAAAUUGAUGUGAGCUGCACGCCUGAGAGCAUGGACUACCCGACUGCUAGAGGUCGGAAUGGGGAUUCUCCGGGACACCUAAGUGAGAAUGGAGCAGACCCGGGUAAGAUGGUCCCAGGUCAGGGCUCUCUGUCCUACUCAGCGGAUCAGAUUCGCCGGUACCGGACAGCGUUCACCCGGGAGCAGAUCGGCCGGCUGGAGAAGGAAUUUUACCGGGAGAACUAUGUGUCCAGGCCGCGGAGAUGCGAACUUGCGGCCGCCUUAAAUCUACCUGAAACCACAAUCAAGGUGUGGUUUCAGAACCGCAGGAUGAAAGACAAACGCCAGCGUCUGGCCAUGACGUGGCCUCACCCCGCAGAUCCGGCCUUCUACACCUACAUGAUGAGCCACGCGGCGGCCACGGGGAACCUGCCCUACCCAUUCCCAUCCCACCUGCCGCUGCCUUACUAUUCCCACCUGGGUGUCGGAGCUGGCGCUACUCCGGCCGCCACCCCCUUUUCACAUCCCCUGCGGUCCCUGGACAGUUUCCGGAUGCUGUCUCAUCCCUACCAGAGGCCGGAGCUGCUGUGCGCCUUCAGACACCCCUCCCUGUACCCCGGACCUCCCCACGGCCUCGGUCCCGGAGGAAGCCCAUGCUCCUGUCUGGCCUGUCACUCAAGUCAAUCUAACGGUAUCUCAACCAGGCCCUCUGGAUCGGACUUCGCGUGCUCUCCAACCAGCAGGACUGACGCUUUUGUUACAUUCACGCCUUCAGUGCUCAGCAAAUCCUCCUCUGUGACGUUAGACCAGAGGGAGGAAGUGCCCCUGACCAGAUAAAACCAAAACUCUUCCAUAAUUUAAGCCUUUACCAUAAGCUUUUUAAACUCACAUAUUAUGAAAUCAGGACUGAAGCAGCAUGAAGAGGUAGCCUGUAAGCAGUGAAAGCCAGCUUAAACUUUGUGGCAAAAUAUAGCCAGAUCUCCAGCUACGUGACGCACAACGGAUCUCCCAUUACUGAUAAUCUCAUUCAGAGCCAAGACAGUGGACUGAAAUAUUAGGACAUGGACAAAAAAGCAGAUUUGAUUUUAAGAAGAUUCAUUAGAUGUUUGAGAGAAGGACGGGGUGCAGAGAAACGUUUAAAAUCUGCGUGAUGGAUGGCGUUAAGUUUUUUUUUUU